AUGGCAUCUUCAAACUCAGAAACCGCCGAGGUCCCAAAUCAUGCUAGUCCUGCGCUUCGGCUUCCGCCUGAAAUUGUCAAGAUAAUUGUCGAUCAGGUUCCCAACAGCACCAUCAAGAGUCUGCGUCUCACCUGCCGUCUUUUCUUGGAAACAGUGGAUCUGCGCCUUGAUCGUGUCUUUAUAUCUGCGAACCCGCGCAAUGUUGAGGUUUUUACUGCUAUUGCAAAUCAUGAGGUCUUUCGUGCCAAAAUCACCGAGAUCAUCUGGGAUGACGCGAUCCUGUACGUCCGUCCUAUGCCGCGCAGUGAAGUGGAGGCUCUCUACGGAUCGGAUGAUGAAUAUCAAGACUACGUGGACGAGGACGAGGGAAGGGAUGAGAAUGGGAUUGAUUGGAGAGGCGAUGUCCCAGGAUGGUUUCGUAUAGGUUGCCGGGAAAAUAUUUACCAUAUAAAGGACGACCGCGAGUGCGAUUUGGACAGGCUGAGCCUCGUUGCAAUGGCACAACAGGUCACCGAGCAAAUGCCUAUGGAGAAGGCAUGGGCAUACUAUCAAGAGCUACUGCAACAGCAGCGCGAUGUCCGGGAUUCGCAGGCACAUAUCAACGCAUUGGAGAAAUACGUCGGAUCCUUCCCGGCGCUGAAAAGAAUAACCAUAACGGCGGCGACACAUGAAGGGUUGUAUAAUCCAUUGUACGAAACGCCCAUGAUCCGCUCCUUCCCUCGCGGGUUCAACUACUACCUUCCAUUUGGCUACCCCCCUGCUGACCGGUGCCAACCGGAAUGUGACGAGUGGGACGAAGAUGGCAACGACUGGCAAGGUUUCCGGACCGUGAUGCGCGUUUUAACAGAGGGCAGGGAUUGUUACAGAGUGAUGGACUUACGUAUUGAUGAUAAUGAGAUGGGGACGAUGGGACUAAACUCGCGGGUGUUUGAGAAGGAAAAUCGCACCUUGGAUAACUUCGAGGCGGUACUUGCGCUCCUAAAUUUUACGCACUUGCAGCUUGAUCUCAUAGUAGAUGAGCACUACAGCCAGGCGGAAAUAUUUUGCAAUGGGCUUCUUAGACGUGCACUGGCUGGUGCUUCAGGCGGGCAAGGCUUAAAGCACUUGAGCCUGAGCACGGACAUAUCCAUGCACAUGUAUGAGCCAGGCGAUGAUUGCGACUGGUAUAUUCCUCUCGCAAUGAUAUUUACACCCACUCGCUAUUCAAGGCUUCAACACUUUGGCCUUGCCAGCUUCUACGUGGAGCAGGACGAUCUUCUGGCUCUCCUUGCGUCUUUGCCAAAGACUCUACGGUCGGUUGAACUGAGUAGAAUCGAGAUCAUGGAUAUCGGUGGCAGCUACCAGACGCUAUUAUGCGCGAUACGUGACAAGCUGGGCUGGAAAGAACGGGUCCAAAGGCCAACACUAGCCAUUAGCAGCGAGUUUAAUUAUUCUCGACCCGAACGAACCUUGUGGCUCAAGGAUGAGAUAUACAGUUUCUUGUAUCAGGAUGGAAGCAACCCGUUUGAAGAUGAUUAG